AUGCUUGGCACGGUAGGAGCAUUACAGAGAGGACUGGACGUGAAUGUCAAAACACGCAAGUGGUCACACAUCGCCCCUUUGGCAGCAAGCGUGGCAGACACCUGCCUCGAACAUUGGCAGGCGUCACAGGAGGUAAUGGAGCAAGAGGAACGUUGGGCACCGGCCAGCACACCUCCAUGGAUGCCAACCCCAGAAGCUGUUGCUGCUGAUGCUGCGUCCCCAGCUGCCACAAAAACUAAAGCGCCCAAGGUAGCAGCGUCGAGUCUUCUUGCCGCACAUGUCAACAGAAGCCUCUUCCGCUUCUACGACAAAGGCGAAUAUCAACGCGGUGCUGAGAUUGAGGUCUGUGAUCUUCAAAUCCCAUCAGCGGCUGAUGAAGCAGUCGUGCAAAGUCUGGUCGCCUCCCGGUCCCAAGCCCAGGGCGGAGAACCCCUCAACAAGGAUGCUAGCAAGGCUAGCAAGGAGUCCACGGAAAGUUUGGUGGAAGUGCCGCCGCUACCGAGUUCCAGUUCAUCCAGCUCCAAGGGACCCGAGCCUGCGAUCACAGAACCAUCUCUAUCCCCUUGGAUGGCAGCAGCUCUGGCAGAGAUACGACGCAAAGAACGCGAGGACUUCCGUGAAGGUGAAGACCAGGCCGGUGACGACGAGCUUCACACUGAGAAAGAUGUGGACACAAACUCGGGUCUAGAUGCAGGUAGGUUACAAGAAGUUCUGCGUGGGGCUUUCGGGCUUACUGAUGCGUAUGAUCUCGAGACCGCGGACUUGCAAGCACUGGAUGAGGAAGGUUCCUUGUCGUCGGCACAGGCCAAGGAGGAGAGAUUGAUAAACGAGGCGUUGGACCAGGGCAAGGUCAAGAAGGAUCGAUUGUCGCAAUUGUCGCAUGUCGUGACAUCCAUGAUUGAUGCUGGCGCAGACCCAGAAGAUGCGGUGGCCGAAGCCAUAUUGAAUGAUGUGCAGGUGAUGGGCAACUCAGACUCUGUGUCUGUGAACGAACACGACGAUCCAGAUCCGGAACAGUCCGAACAUGCGCCUGCAGCAGAACCUACCAACGACAGCAUUCCUGUCGCCUUUGGGGUAUGGCAGGAUGCGGUGAACUUUUCACUGGAAUGCUUACAGGAGCGGCGUCAAGCAUGUAAUGGCAAAGCUGUCGGAGAGAAUAAAGAAAUUUCACUUGUCCUGGGUAGGGUGAAGCAGCCACGCGCAGAAGAAGAAGAGGAGUCUGUUUUCUUUGUGACAUGGACGGAUCCAGCAGCGGACAAAAGGGAAGGGCGACCGGUAAGGCUAGAUAAGGAAAACCGUGUCGUGUGUGUCGUGGCCACCGGAGACUUGCGCGUGGCGAGGGACUAUAGAGAUGUUCAGAUCGUUCAUCCUGCGUGUGGUGCCCGCAUGGAGCGUACUCGGGGCUGGAGAAACCAGCUUCGCCCACAGGUCUCGAAGAGCGUUAUGCGGUUGAACAAGAUGUGGAAAACAGCUCUGCUGGCUCGGGAUGAAUUGAGGAUGCGGCGCGAAACGCCCAAUCAGGCUGCAUGUCUCGCUGACACGCAGCGGCAGUGCUUUGUCUGUGAGACGUCGAUGGAGCAACCAACAGAUGCAAAUGGACCAGUCGACGAUGCAAAACUCAUUUGCUUGUGCCCCUGCUGCACAUUACCUUCGCACGCGGCUUGCUGUCAACAGGUGGUUCGAUAUUCCGAGACACAUGGCAUUGAUCUUCGUGCAUCUGUGGAUCUUUCCAAUGCGGGGAUCGCAGUCCUGGAUGAACCUCCUUUCACUUGGCAAGAUGCAUCGCAUCUUGCUUGCAAGUAG